AUGAAUCAACAAUCAGCCCAAAGUUGCAAAUCAUUGUUGGAUUGGUAUUCUGCCUAUGGAUCUAUUCCCUACCUAAGACAUGACAUAAUGGUAACCUUACAACAAAGAAUUCAAAAUGCACCGGCUGGUAGCCUUCAACUAAUAGCUGAGCCCAAUCAAAUCAACUUUCCAGAAAAGCUUGUUGCUUUGGAGAAUGAUGGAAGAAAGGACUAUCUUAAACUCAAAUACCUCAACGACUUCUAUGGGCGUUAUGUUGGUAUCUGGCGCCAAUACUUUGAAGAUCUCUGCUUUGUUUUGGCUGUUCCGGCUGACCAACAAAGACACUUGCUGGACUGUCUGCUUUUGCCAGGUCUUCGUGCGCAAGUUGCUAAGCACCAAACAGUUAGCCACGCUUUGGAUGCUGUGGUUAAGCAUUACUAUGCCAUGUAUGCUAGUGAUGGUGUGACUAUGCCACUACAAAAACAGUUCUAUCUCCUGCAAGAGUACAUUGAUGCACUCCAAGAAGCGGUUGAGCGCAAACGUGUUCUAGCUGACUUAACACCUGCCCAGGCCGAAAGAGAGUUCGAGGUAUACUUCCAAUACGGACUGUCCUCAGCCACUAAAGAGAAAUCUCCUCGUGAAACUGGUGAAUCUCCUGAGCACUACAUUAAGCGGCUAUUGGCCCACGAACAAACCAUUAUCAGCCAAGUCCAGCAACGACUCUGGUCCGAUCCAACUGAAUCAUCGCGUACUAGCUCUCCACCAGUCGAUGCAGCUCCGUCCAGAAAGUACUGUACUUUUCACCGAUCCAAGAAUCAUAACACCGAUGACUGCCGCAAGCUUCAAGCUCUUUUAUAA